AGAGGAAGCAGAUAAAGUUGAGGCUACAGACAGAACAGAUCUGGCUUGAGUCUUGACAUUUCCUCACACACCAUAACUUCUUGGAAAUAGGACUACCGAAUUCACUGAACACUUAAGAGGAGACUAGAUAUAGCAGUCAGUCCACAUAAUGCGUGCCCAGGAUGGUCUAGAUCUGGAAGGUUAAUUACUGAGACCCACCUGCUGACCCUUGCCCAUGUUCUUCUGCUCCAGGGGACCUGUCCUCCUGCGCUCCCCAGGAAACAUGCUUAUCUUCUGGAUGUCUUGUGGAUCACUUCUCCCUCUCCUGGUCCUCUGCUAUAAUGGAAAAGACCGCUGCACAAUCCAGGAGAACAAACAAUAUCAUGUGUCCCCUGUGCUUGAGUCCCUGCGCUGCUACAAUGACUACAGCUCCUACGUCCGCUGUAGCUGGGAAGAGAGUCCACACGCGUCCUCACAAGCCCUGUUAGCCCUAUACUACUGGGACGACACUGAGAACCGUGAGUCCCUGUGUAAACCCUAUGGUCAGCCAGCAUUGAAUGCCAACAACAGCAAGCUCACCGCCCAGUGUCAGUACAACACUUGUGACUUUGGCAUCAAUACCAACCAUGUCUUCUUCUUCAAGACCUCCUGUCCCCCUGCCCUGCUUCUGUCUAAGAAUUUGAGGGUGCGUCCACCAGUCCAUUUAUCACAGCAGCCUGUAGAGAGAGGGGGCCGUUUGCUCAGCUGGGAAAGCCCCUACCCCCCAACGUCCCUCCUGACCCCCACUCUCAACUAUCAGGUCAACUACAAGAGGUCUAACCAGGAUGACUGGACAGCAGUGAAGGUUCAAGACACCCAGCUGAGUUUGGAGCCUGAAGCUCAGGUGCCUGGCUGCCAGUAUGAGGCCAAGGUUAGGGCAAAGGGGAAGACGGGACUGUGGAGUGAGUGGAGCUCUCUAGUGACCUGGAUGACUGAGGACGACCCUGUGCCAGGCCCCUCCAGUGCGCAGUGUGUGGUGGAUGACGAGAAAGUGGUGACAUGCAGUUGGGAGGUGAAGAGAGACCUGGCUCAGUCCCUUACCUUCCAUCUGUCCUGCAAACGCAACCACACUGCACCAGCCCAGAAAUGCUGUGCUAACACCAUGGUCAGCGCUCCGUCCAGGGGUCCAAUGCUCAAAUACAGCUGCUCCUUCCCUGUCCCAGACUCAGAACAGCUAGAGGUGGAGCUCAUCCCCACAUGCAACAGCAAAACGUUUAAAACACAUAAAAACAUUCGUCCAAACCGUCCACUCCACGUGCAGAUAGAAGCGAGAGAUGGGAACUGGAUUCUAAAAUGGAAUCCGCCAAAAUCAAAUUUUGAACUCACCUAUCAGGUGCACUACUGGAGUAAUGACACUCAGGAGGAUACUAGGUUCCUCAAUGUCUCCCAGGGGUCCCUCUCACUCUCCAUCCUGGGGGGGUCCCUGCGCCCCUCUGAGUGCUACCUGGUUAAGGUGAGAGCCCUGGUGGUCCCGGGAAGGGGUGAUACUUUCGAAGGACCCCCCUCAGAAUGGACCGACCCAGUGGAGUGGACCUCACAACCAGCUUCCUGGUCCAUCACCACCUUCCUCUACGUCUUCAUCAGUGUACUGGUGGCCAUUGUCUUCAUCACUCUCUAUGUUACCAUACCAGCCUGUCACAGGAGGCUAGUCUUGUGGGAGGUGUCUGUCCCGUCGCCCCUCAAGAGCAAGGCACUGGGAGAGGUCAUUAAGUCUCCUGAUAGGUUGUUAUUUCCCGAGAGUGAGAGAAGUGAAAAUACCUACAUCUGCAGCGUACAGACACUGGAGAGCAGGGAGGAUAUCAGUCUCUGCUUUAGCUGCUCUUCAGAUAAUCCAUUGUGGUUGACCCCAGAUGUAAAGGCCAAUGGACUGUUCCAUUCUAUUACCAAGGAGGAGUGGAAGAAGUAUGACCCAAACUUUUCCUCAAUACUUCUGUUGUCUGUGGACAGAUCUUGCCCUCCUGCUCUAGACUCAUCCGGAUUCAGCUUCAGUGGCCCUUACAUCUUGUGUGGUGACAGUUCACCGGCGCCGAGUGAGUUUCUGAGUCUGGAGCCUCCCUGUGAGGAGUCCGACAACACUCUCUCUAACUCUGACCCCUCUUCUCCCUCCUCCUCGGAGAGGUCUGCCCCAUCCCCCUUGGAGUCGAGUGAGGGCUAUGUGGUGAUGCCUCAGGUCAGUGCUGGCCUGUCCAGAUCAACAACGGACGACAGUAAGAACAUUGGUAACAACAACGGCAACAAUGUCGUCAUCAUGGCAUGGCCCAAGUCAGAGCUCCUCCCACCCCAACCUAGCUCUAUGUCCACCUGCUCCCCACCCAGUGAGAAUGAAGACCCUCCUCCAGCGUACAGGCCCACCACCACCACCCCCUUCACCUUGCCCCCAGUGGACACUACCCUACAUACCUCUGGGUACUGCUUCCUCCCGGCUCUACAGGCACUUGGGGGCUGGGGCCAUGUGCAGUCUUCUGGGCCACCUAAACGGGGCAGUCAAGAGCAGCAGGCAGGGAGGAGAGAGAGGAGGCAGGAGGAGCAGUGCAAGGAGGAUCCCUAUGUCAGACUGUCCCAGCUAGCCACUUAGCUAAUCCCAUCUAAUGCUGGUAUACAUGCUCAGGACAUGAGGGCCUCUAUAGGCCACUGUUCUCAAUAUUUAAUCCAUUCUAAUACUAACACACCUGACUCAACUAAUCACAAGAGCUUGAUUAUUAGUUGGGCUAGUUCAAUCAGGUGUGUUAGUGUUGGAAUGGACCACGUGUAAAACUAGUGAUUUUGCGGUCCCCGAAGACUGGGUUGAGAUUGAAAAACACUUCUAUUUCUAGGAGGGAAAACUGUGGCGCCUCAUACAGUAGCCUCCCUUGAUUACUCACAAUGCCCAGCAGAUGGCAGCACUGUACUUACUGUGUAUAUGUUGAACUCAGAGGUGGCCUAUGGAUUCUACUGUAAGGACUAACUACAAACACAGAAGCAUAGUGCAGUAAGCCAUUCCUCUCUGGGUGGUAAGGUGACUCAGGGACAGAAUCCCAGGUUUCCACCACAUCACAUGGAUGGUACAUGUAUAACAGGGUGGCACUGUUGAGUUGGUGAGCGCAGCCUUAAGCCUCUGUCAGUGCCGGUGGCUGUUCCUGUCGUUCUACAGCAGGGGUCGGCCCAUGGGCUGAAAAGUGUUGUGUUACAGAAUCAAAUCAAAUGUAAUUUGUCACAAGCUCCGUAAACAACAGGUGUAGACUUACAGUGAAAUGCUUAAUUUACAGGCCCUUCCCAACAAUGCAGAGAGAAAAAUAUAGA